AUGGCAUUACCUGAGCAGCUUCAUAUAAGUAGCAGUGCUAAAGAUGGGGUAGAUGAGGAAGCCAUAGAACAGGUGUUUAAUCAGGUCGCUAAGGAAGCUGAUAUUUCUCCAAAGUCCAUGCAGAAAGGGUAUGUAGAGGUGAUUCAGGAUACAGAUCAACAGAUUACAGUUAAGCUAAAUUUUCAGGAUGAUAAUAAGACUCUUAUGACUACUAUGAUUUAUGCAAAGUGUGAAGCAUUGGAAAGAAUUAGUCUUUGGGAUAACUUGUAUAACCUGGAUGAUCAAAUGGAAGUGCCCUGGCUUGUGGGAGGGGAUUUCAAUGUCAUUAUACAUGAAGAUGAGAAAAUAGGGGGUCUGCCAGUUUAUCCAUAUGAGUAUGAAGAUUUUGCAUUCUAUGUGAAUUCAAGUGAACUAUUUGAAGUUUCUUUUAAAGGAAGCUUAUUCACAUGGUGGAAUGGUAGAGCUGGUAGAGAUUGUAUUUUUAAAAGGUUAGACAGAAUGCUCACUAAUUCAAAACUACAGGAUUGGUUUGGUCACAUGGAAGUUGAACAUUUAUCUAGAACUGGUUCUGAUCAUGCUCCUCUUCUACUUACUUGUGGAAAUUCAUCUCAACAUAGUAAAGCUACCUUUGGGGAUAUCUUCAAGAAACUGGUAGUAAGGGAAGAUAUUGUGAGAGUUAAAGAACAGCUGUUUGAAGAUGAUCCUUCUCCUGCAAACAAGAUGGUACUCCAACUAGCACAAGCAGAAUUGAAGAAGUAUAUGCAUUAUGAGGAGGAGUUCUGGAGAUAG